UCUUUUUCUUGGAUUUUCUUAUGAUGUAGAUUUGCUGAUUAAGUCCUGUAAAUCCUCGAAAACCCUAUAGGGACAUACCUGAAAGUCCAAAGCAUGAAUACUGGAGAAAGGGAAAAAAGACUUCAGAUUCAACUCCAGAGAGUACAAAUUUUGAGCAGCAGAUUGGAGGAAAAAGGAGGAAAGAAGGGUUGAAAAGAAAAACAAAGUGAAAGGAAUUGAAGAAGAAUUUGGUUUGAUGUGUAUGUUGCUGAUGGAUCUUAUUUUUGCAUAUACGAAGGAUGAGAAGUACAAGCGAACCGUCAUUGCCUGCUUUAUACAAGCAACUUACUUGCUUGAACUUGAUAGGCAGGAGAACAGAACAAAUGGAAAUGCUCUAGCUCCGAAUUGGUGGAUUCCCUUCAAGUACAAACUCACCCAAACAUUGAUUGAUGAAAGAGAUGGGUCAAUUUUUGGUGCAAUAUUCGAAUGGGAUCGAUCUGCAGCACGGGCCGACUUGAUUGUAAUGAGACCUAGUGGUGCCCCAAGAGCUGUUUUAGCACUCAGAGGAACAUUACUCAAAAGCCCCACGAUGUGGCGAGACAUUGAAGAUGACCUCCGCUUUCUUGCUUGGGAAAACUUGAAAGGCUCUGUCAGGUUUAAGGUAGCUUUGGAGGUACUGAAAUCGGUAUGUGACUUGCAUGGAAGAAAUAAUGUAUGUAUUGCAGGGCAUUCCUUGGGGGCCGGAUUUGCUCUUCAAGUUGGAAAGAUGCUAGCAAAAGAGGGGAUUUAUGUGGAGACACAUUUGUUCAAUCCACCAUCUCUUUCACUAGCCAUAGGUCUCAGAAAUCUUGGCAACAAGGCAGAAUUUGUUUGGAAUAGGCUUAAAUCUACGCUUCCUUUGAGCGGCGAAGCACAGGCAAGCACUGAAGGAGACAAGACUAAUACAAACACGAGGAAUGCUAGGGGGGCAGCAACUUUUGUAAUUUGUAGCCAUCAAAUAGCAAUCAAUGAUGGUUUUAAUGGUGUGAGAUUGGUGUGAGAUUUCAUCCAAUGGCUCACUUUUUUUUGCUGGUUACAUGUUGGUUAGAAUUUAACAAAGUUGCUGGCGCCCUAGACUUUUCCUACAAACACAAACACAAACACAAACACUAACACUAACACAUCGAGCAUAGCUUCGUCAAAGGGUUGGAUGCCUCGACUACCUAGUUUUGGUUCUAAGGAUAGUGUUGCUGUCGGAAAAUGGGUUCCAAAUCUUUAUAUCAACAGCAAUGACUAUAUAUGUUGCUCUUAUACUGACCCUGAUGGCAAGGCAGUGAAGAUCAGCAGCAAGGAGAAUCUCAGUAAAACAAAUGCGCAAAUCGCAGCGAAGUUGUUUGUUGUGUCAAAGGAAAAACAGAAAUUUCUUGAGGCUCAUGGAUUGGAACAAUGGUGGUCAAGUGAUGCAGAAGUCAUUAGCAGGCAACUUAGGUCUCUAUACCAUGUUACACCUUCACAAGUAACACUGAUAAAACCAGUGUAACAAUCCAGAUUUUAAGCUGAAGUAAAUCAUUUUCAAUCUUAAUAACAACCGGAUUUUGUGUUAAUUCUUAAUUCAAGUUUUGUAACUUGUUCUUUUUAACUUAGCAAAAGUUUUAUAAUUAUACUAGAUUACUACUUGAGGAUA